UUUUGUUUUAUGUUGAUGCCGAAGUAUUCCCGUAAGAAUUUAUAUUAGCAUAUUGCAGAUGAAAUUCACAAAAUAUAUUACUUAUCUAAAAUGUAUGGAAUAUGCAAAAGUAAGCACGACCGAAUGUCGAUUAUAUAUUGGUAUUUUUGGGUGUUGCAGUUUACAAAUUUAUAAAAACAACUAGAGCACAGCUCUAGUCUGGUGCCCACAGAUUUAAUUUCGCCAUAAAAAAUAUGACAAAAUGGAGACGAAUCAAUAUUAUUGCCGAAGUGGAGCGCAGCAGAAUUUGACUUCAUCAACAGUUUCUCAACAGCCCUUGAAUAAAAUGUGCUACGAGGGCAAUGUUGGUCAGGAGUAUGUAGCAUGUAGUUCGACUCAUGUGGAAUCGGGAUUCAACGGAAGGGAGAUACCUUCAAAAAAUGGAAACAGUAAAUCGCAAAUAGGAAAUCGCAGCAUGGGUAGCCCAUAUGCAUUUUCUAACUGCAAUAGCAAUAGCAAUAGCAGUAGUCAGUGUAACAAUAAUUCGAAUAAUGCUGGAAAUUACAUAAAUAUAAUGACUGUGCCAUUGGGCACGUUGCAAUACAAUCGAAAGAAGUCAACAACUCAGGACUAUCAUUCACGCCUCUAUUACAACACCGCAGAUGUUAAGUGUCGUGAAGACUAUUAUGUGGGAAAUAAUAUAAAAUGUAGUAGUGAAACGCCGUCUCAUCAGCCAAUGCCACAGUUAACACAAAAUCAUCAACACGUUCAGCAUCAAUUGCAACACAUCAAUCAAAAUUCUCACAGUCAUCAGUUGCAGAAUAACCAACAGACAACUGCAAGUAGCCCGAGUUCAGGGCUUGAAGCGAUCGAUGAUACAGUUGAUUGUGCUGUAUAUUCAAAUGCCACUGGAAAUGGACGCGUUGUAGCCGCUACUCAAACACAUAUGAAUAAUGCCAACGUGGCAUCAUGUGAGCAAAUGAGUUCGCAAACACCAGUGUCUUUGGUUCCCGUCAAUGUGCCUGUUCCGCCUUUAAUGUAUACCGUGCACCGUGUGGUAACAACAGCUCAAAUUCAGACAGCUGUUGGAAGCACAUUUGCUUCUACUGCGAGCGUGUCUAGCGUUGUUAGUAGUCGAAAUGAGAAUGACUGUAUGGCAUCAGCGCAAAUGACAUCAGCCAUGUCGAUGUCAGCUAACGAUACUUGUCACACUGGUCUACAUAUUUCGGACCUCGGUGGCAAUAUUAUAACUAAUGGCAAUUCGCUUGGACCAUUGACUGGAGUGCGAAGUUCAUCCGGAAUUCUGACAAAUUAUUUACCAGCUCAGCAGAAAUGCACCAACAGUGACGUUCCAAAAAAUCCAACAAUAUCAAAACGAGUGGUUGGAAAUUCUUCUGCCUAUACAAGUGCUGGAAAAUCAAAUGCGGUAGUCAGCCGGACUCUACAAAAUGUCAUUCCGACUUGUGUGUACUUAAUGUCAAGAGUUGCUGUGCACAUGGAGAUUGAGGGCACGGACCAGUGUCCUUCUCAAGUAAUGCUAGCAGCUGCACUAGGAUGCGAAGAAUUGGGAAUUUCUAACAAGUUGCUAGCUCAAAGUAUAUUUGGAUUAUGGAUGACAAGUAGUCUUCUGGAAUUGCAAUUGAAGGCACAUCAUUGUCCUUAUAUUGUUCGAGUAGCCUGGUCUGGUUUACUGGAAAAAUAUAGCAACGGCAAUCCAAUAGAACGAAAAUAUGAUGAACCUAUGAUAGUUCUAAAGCGGAAUGUGUUCUUUUCUAAGCGAGAUGAAGAGAAAAUCAAGGAUCAUCGGAUAGUAGAACUUCUGUAUGAAGAGGCGAAGCAUUGCGUCUUAAACGGAAGAUAUAUUAUGGAGCCGGUGCAUUCGUUAAUGUUGGGUGGUAUUCAAGCAAGAAUUGAACUGGGACCAUACAAUCCCCACACACACACUGUGGGAUUUUUUAGAGAAAACCAGUCAAGAUUUCUACCAAAACAUGUUGCUAAAAGUUCGAAUUGGCUGUGGUUGCCAAUAAGCCAGAAGAAUUCAGCAGAAAUUAAACUUUUGGAGCAAUUCAAGCGAGUGCCACAGACAGCUACGACCAAGAAAUUGAUGCGGAAAUAUUUGGAAUUUUGCUGGGCAUUGCCAUUUUAUGGUGCAGCAUUCUUUCAUGCACAAAUAGAACAGCCAAUGAGAGGAAUUAUGUCAUUAGUUAACCAUAAGGAUAUGGAAGUAUUAAUGGCAGUUAACGAAAGAGGAGUUUUUAUUAUAGACUGUUUUGAAAAUACGCUUUUAUUGGGACUUCGGUAUGAAGAAAUGUCAUGGGACUAUGCUAAGCCAAGUGCCAGUGAGGAUUUGGAAUGCCUUACAUGUAUCUUCUUGCAGUUUGACACUAUUGAGAAUGGAAUGCAGAUAUCUAAGCUUGUGCAAGUCUUUUCAAAACAGGCUGCAAUGAUUGAUGCUCUUAUUUCUCAUUUUACGGGUCAAUUGCGAAAAAAGAAACAGGAUGGAAGUUCUACUGAGCAAUUUCAUGACGAGCCGAACCCUAUUCAAAGCACAGGCAAUGGAAUAUUAUGCAAUAAACUGUCUCGAUUGACUUUAGCCAGCUUUGAUGAAGAAGGCCGCUGUAUUGGGCAAAUGGGAUCAUUAUCUAUAAGCUAUUAACCUUUAAUAUAUUAUUUAUAUAACUUAAUUGAUUAAACU